GCCUCUUUGCAAGCAGUGUGUGUAUGUGGCUGUGAUCUGGCCAUUAGAAAAAAAUCGUGACCUGUCAGCUUUGAUUGAUGGCCACAAACCUCUGGUCUCUGAACCCCUCCUGUGGGAAAAAGGGCCAGCCAAGCAAUGCCCUCAUUCACAUGCUAAUACCCAGACUAUAAAUGCAAGCGGACCACUGCGCUCAUGUAAGAGAAAGCCCAAGAAGGCAAGGAGAGCAGCCAGGCAGCAGAAGGGCUUCUCCCUUGUUUUCGCCUCCUCUAAGCUUUCCUUAGGGCAGGUGCAGUGGAUUACAAUGACUGCAACAACCCUGGCCAGUGGGGUGCCAAAACUUCCCACUCCCAAAGAGGAAAGGAAGUUAAGAAAACCUUUGAUUGAAAGGAAGCGAAGGGAGAGGAUUAACAAUUGCUUGGACCAGCUGAAGGAAACAGUUGUUGGGGCCUUUCAUCUUGAUCAAUCUAAACUGGAGAAGGCAGAUAUCCUUGAAAUGACAGUAAAGCAUCUCCAGAACAUCCAAACCAGCAAAAACGUGGCAGAUUCUACAACGGGCCUGGAAGCUCAGCAAAAAUAUAGUACUGGAUAUAUCCAGUGUAUGCAUGAAGUUCACAACCUUCUCCUGACGUGUGAAUGGAUGGACAAGACCCUUGGAGCACGGUUACUGAAUCACCUGCUGAAAUCCUUGCCAAGAUCUAGUGAGGAAACCUCCAAGGCUGAUGUGACCCCUUCCACUGCUAGGAGUGCCAAGGGGAUGGCAACAGAGCUGAACCCAUCUCAGGAUCAGUUUUACUCCACUGAAGACAGACAGGGGUUUAAAAAGCCAUUCCAGCCCCACAUUGUAGGCACACACUGUAACCAGCGCAAAACACCACCUCCCAGUCAGACCUUGCAACCGCAUUUUGCAUACAGCAUGGGGUCAUUAGACAUGUGGAGACCAUGGUAAAAAUGUCUUGGGAAAAACCUAAUUUCUAAUUUUAGACCUUCUGAUAUAUGUAUCUUAUAGAUAUAUCUCUUUAAAACACUUUUUGGAGCAGGUCUGCUCCUGUAGGUGUACUAAAGACCAGGGUACUUCAAGCCGAAGUUAACCUCUUCGUAGCCUGCAUUGUAGAAGGCUGCUAUUAUUUAUUUAAUACAUCUAAAUUAUUAUAUAGAAUCUUAUCUUGGGCCCUUCUUAGAAUAUCUGACUUAUAUAAUGCUCCUUUCCACAGCUAUUAAAAUAAUUAACAAUUGAUUAAUAAAAAAAAUAGGAACAGUGAUGAAAGACUCUCAUUAAAUCUAGGAUUAUGCAGCUAUUUUUCUCAACUACUUCUUAGAUGUCCAAGUCUUUUUACCAGGUCAGGCCUAAAUAACCUAAAAACACCAGAUCCUAUCUGAUAUUAGAGGCUAAGCAGAUUCAGCCCUUAUUAGUGCUUGGAUGGGAGGCCACCAAGGAAUAUCAGAUGCUUUAGACUAUAUUUCAGAUGACAGAACUGCCCGAGCUUCCUUUGAGUAUUCCUCGCCUGAGAAAACCCUACAAAAUUCAUGGGGUUGCCAUAAAUGAAUAGGCAGCGUGCUCUUUCUGUUUCUCUCUCUCUCUCUCUCUCUCUCUCUCUCUCACACACACACACACACACACACACACAGAGUCAUAUUCAAACUGUCUAAUGCAGUGGUUCUCAACCUGUGGGUCCCCAGAUGUUUUGGCCUUCAACUCCCAGAAAUCCUAACAGCUGGCAAACUGUCUGGGAUUUCUGGGAGUUGUAGGCCAAAAUACCUGGAGACCCAUAGGUUGAGAGCCACUCGUCUAAUGUAUAUGUCACCAAUAAGUGAAACAACAAGAACUCAUGAUAUAUGAUUCUGCUGAUAAUCAGAUCUUGGGCUUUCAGGAUAUGGGUGAAGACUUGGUGAAGGCUUAAUGAUGAAUGAACUGAAAAUAACUAAUAUUAUUUUCAGUGUAAUAAUAAAGUAUUAUUAUUAUACAGUU